GAUGAGAACUACGCUUCCCAAAUCUUUCUGCGAGGAUUGAGGCAGGGUGUUGCAAGGCUUCUCCUCUUUAGUUGGGUGAAGUCCUGGGCACCCGGGAGAGUUAGCGGUUCGAGGCUCCGUUGAACUGGGUGUCCUCGGAGGCUGAGGACGCGGAGGAAGCAAGUGGCCCGCCGGAGAGUAGAUCUGUUCUACUUGCACUCAGGAGGGAAAAAUGAACAAAGAUGCACAAAUGAGAGCAACAAUAAAUCAAAAGUUAAUUGAAACAGGAGAACGAGAACGCCUUAAAGAACUACUGAGAGCCAAAUUAAUUGAAUGUGGUUGGAAAGAUCAGCUGAAGGCACACUGCAAAGAUGUCAUCAAAGAGAAAGGGCUAGAACAUGUUACUGUUGAUGAUUUGGUGGCAGAAAUUACUCCAAAAGGCAGAGCCUUGGUACCUGAUAGUGUAAAGAAAGAACUUCUGCAAAGAAUAAGAACAUUUCUUGCUCAACAUGCCAGUCUCUGAUCCUUCGGUUUGAAUCUUACCAUGCUGUGUUCAGUGAAUCACGUGAAAAACUGGACGAACAUUUUUCAUGCUUCAGGGUUAAAGUUCACUAUUUUUUAAAAAAAUAUUUAGUUUACUUACUGCAAGUCUACUUCAGUUCACUGACUUCUUAAUCCUGAUGUUUUAAUGAAAACAAAAUCCCAACAACCUGUGCUUAAGUGUUGAAAGCAAAGACGUUUCUGCCAUUAAAACGGUGUUGUGUGACUUAA